AUGCUGGCGCGGAAGCGCCCUGCGGCGUCCGACUUCGCCGCUUCCCGCUACGCUGCUGAUUUUUGGGGCCUCGCGGGAGGCAGGGGCAAGCGCGGCCGCAGGAAGAGGACGGCCGCCGCGGACGAAGGGCCGCAGGUGGAAUGUAGAGACUACUCCAACUGCAACCAGCGCAACGAGGACGCGUGUAAGGACCUGCUGAUUUCUCUGGCCACGGAUGACUUGCGAGGGCGCCUGACGCGCAGCCGCUACGACCUGGAGAGCGCCCGGCGCUCGGAACGGCUGAGACAGAUCGAGGCGGGGAAAGCGCUCGAUGACGACUGGUUGGGGGAGGCGGCGAGUGCCUUCAACGUCCCUACCCGCAAGAGGAAGCAAAUGCAGGUCGUGGAAGACGUCCUGGAGGCCGUGCGACAGACCCGACAGCGGGCCCCGGGCACGGCGACCGCCAUGGACGCCGAUCGCAGGGAGGCGCUUCGCAGGCGCACGUGGAGCUCCAUGGCCGCGUUGCACGAGGCGAAGGUCUGGGGUAUGCGCGCGACGCAGAGGGAUAUCCUGAGGCCGCAAGGUGUCGACGCGCUGCGGGAUGAGCUGCUAGUCAGAUCUUGUCCGGAGGAUCUGCGCCUGCGCGUGGUGGGCGAGUGCCUCCAGCGGCGCGGAGGCUGGCCCGCCGAGGCAGCAGACCUCGGCGGCGACGACCUCUGGGCGCGCCGCUAUUUGCACAGCGCGAUGGCCCGAAGGUACGCCAGCGCCUCCACUGGCGAGCAGCUCUUGCCGGGCGACGUGGCGCGGUGGCAGCAGCUGCUCGACAGGAUCCCGGAGGCGCAGCGGCCCACCUGGCAGGCGGACCCUCUGCGCCAGCAGUUGCAGGCCCACUACGAGGAGCAUGGCCACCUGAACGUGAGGCCCUCGACCAGGAGGGCCGACGAUCCCGAUCGCCUUCUACUCGAAGGUUUGAAGGUCCUGCGCCGCGCACGGCUGGAGGAUGUCAGGGGCGAGCGCGGCCAUCUGCUGCGCCGGCAGCUCUCGCCCGGGGACAUGGCCGCGUGGGAGACGGCGGUCCCGGCCAACGUGUUGUGGGGCACGGUGCGCCAGGCCGAGGCGUAUAUCCCUGGCAGCGCUAUUCUCGGCAGCCGGUGCGAAUGGCCCAGAGAGCCCGUGUGCUGCCAGCCGUGCCCGUGCUACCUCUGCGGCCAGGACUUCGCCACGAAGCAGUUGUUGCAGGAGCACUGGCGCGAGGAGCACGUGAACCUGCCCGAGGCCGAGCGGGGCUUGCUGGCGCCGCGGCGAGUGGAGGAAGAGGUCCGAAAGAGAAUCCUUGCGGACGAACAGCUGGAGGGCCCCUUCGAGGUCCGGGGCGCCGAGCAGCGCCGCGCGCUCGGACGCUUCGCGGAGAACCAGACGCAGAGCCGACCGGGGGGUGCGUGGGCCGGGCACUUCGAGAGCCGGCAGACCGCCCCGACCACCUGCCGCGCCCUGAGCGGCUGCGUUGUCUGCGCGCGCUCUUUCUGGCUGGAGGAACUCUUCGACGCGGACUUGUUCGUGGAGCCCGUGGACCCCGAGCUGGCAGCGGGCGCCGGCGAUCCCGCGGCGGACGGCGCCCAGGGGCACGGCGCGGAAGGCCCGUUGCGGGACAUGGAGCUGCGAUCGCUAGCCAGGGGCCGCGUGUGCGUGAACAAGAUCAUCGCCGAGCCCGAGAAGAGAGGCGAAGGUUUGGGGCGGUCUCAAGCCGCGCUCCUGGGGGCGGCGCGCCUGGAGACGUCUCGCAAGGUGGAUCUCCUGCGCAGCGCCGAGCUGCCCGCCCCCCCUCCCGAGGCGCAGCGAUUCCUCGCUGAGUCCGUCGUCAUUGCCCUGGCAGGGGCCGACGUGGACGACCUCAGCAAGGCCCGGUGGGCCAACGUGCGCAAGGGCGAAUACAUGGGGGCCGCCAGCUUCCUGACCUCCCAUUCGGUCUCGUACAACGACAUGACCUGCAACCAGGACAGGGCAGACGCCGUCAUGAGCGACGCCGGCGCCGUCCCCGAGGCCGUGCGAAGCAUCGCAAUCCCCAUUGAGGUCUCCGAGCAGCUGAAGCACCGGCUGGAGGGCCCCGCCGACGCCUGCGCCGGGGCCGACGAGCAAGUCGUCAGGGUGGACGGGGAGGAGUGCGCGUCCGAGCACGAGGCAGAGGAAGAGGAGGGGGAGAACGAUCUCAACGCCGCGCUGCCCGACCCGGACUUCCCCGCCGAGGCGCUCCCGGCGAUGUCUUUCUGCGCCGAUGCCGCGACCGGCGGCGACCUCGACGAGCUCCAGGCGAUCCGCAAGGUGCACGGUGAGCUCGAGGCUCUGCAGGAUUCCAUGCGCGAGGAGGCCUCCGGCAUAGGCUACCCGCGCCGGCGCCUCAUCAAGCAGCUUCAGGUCAGCGCCAGAGGCAUGCUGGAUCGCGGCUUGGCGGACAGGAUCCACCACCACCACAAGACGGUGACGGCCCUGGAGGAGACGGGCCAACGGGCGGCGGCUCCCGGAGGCGCGAUGGAAGGGUAUGCCCAGGGCACUGCCGCACAGCCGCUCUCGAUGUACAGCCCCGAGCUCUGGUCCAUGUGCUUCCCCGACAAGUUCCCGUACGGCGACGGCGUGUUCGGCUUGUCCAGGACUGCGCCCAUGUCGUUCCAUCAGUGCACGUCAAUGCACUUGCUCCGCGAGGAGCUGGUGUACCAGGUCACGCCCGAAGAUUUGGCCGCGGCCGCCGCUUGCAAGGCGUGGGUCGAGACCGCCGCGGACGGGCCCGGCGCGACCGGGCAGUCUCGCCCCUCCGGCGGCUCCUGCGCCUGCCAGCAGUGCAGAGAGGCGUGCCGGCGCUACGUCGCGCCCGAGCAGCCGCGCCGGGGGGCCGACCGCGAUCUCAUCUGCUGCUACUACGACGCCGGGCGCCGCAUCGAGCAGAUCCGCAGGGCCAGGGGCCACGUGCACAGAACGGGCUUCCAGGAGCGCCUGGGGAAGAUCUGCGCGGCCUCCACGGAGAAGCUCGAUGCCGCCGUGCAGAGCCUAGGGCCGAAUGCGUCCCUGAAGGACGCGAUGCGGUCCCCCGCCGUGGACCAGGACGUCAAAGACGCGCUCUCCGAGCUCAUGGUGUUCACCUCAGAAGUUCUCGGCUCGGACGGCGCGCGCGCGAAAUUGCGCCACGAGCAGAACGGCUUCGCCCUCAUGUUCGGCGGCGCCGGUGGCUUUCUGACUCCGAACGUCGCGGACGUGCGGAGCCCCAUCUUGCUUGCCCUGCACGCGGCGGGGGGCUGCGAGACCCGCGCCGUGGACCUCCUCGCGGAAGCCCCGGACAUGCCCUCCGCGCGGAAGAUGCUCCAGAUCGUGGCGCAGGACCCGGUGGCCCAGGCCCGCUUCUUCAUCUUUAGCAUGCAGCUUUUCUGCGAGCACGUGCUGGGCACCGGCCCCUGGGACGCCCACUGCGCCACAACGGCCGAGCAGGCCCGGCUGUCCAUCCACCCGCACAUCCUCCUGUGGUUCGUGCACGCGCAGUCCGAGCAGUGGCUCCGGUGCGUGCUCAACAGGGAGACCGAGGAGAUCCGGCAGCGGCUCCGCGUGUGGCAGGAGAAGACCUUGGCCGCAGUGCAGUCCAUGCAGCUGGACUCAGCGGCCGUGCUCCCGCUGCUCCUCACCGACGACCCCGACCGGGCGCCCGAGCCCAGGAACACGCCCUUCUCCGAGAAGCUGCAGCGGGAUUGCCGCAUGGAUGGGGAGCUGGAGCACGACGUGGAAGAGCCGGAGAAACGGCGCGUCUUCUUGGCCACAGAGCCCCCAUUCGAGGACCACCACCUCCGACGGCAUCGGAUGUCCUUGGCGCCCGAGGCGCGACCCAUGAGCGAAUACAUGGUGCCCCAGACGGGCGCCCAGCUCUGUCGCCUCGAGCACUACAGGCUGCUGCGCCCGACCACGGGCGACGACCUGGAGACCGCGGCGGGCCGGAGCGCGGAGGCGGCGGCCUGGGCCGCGCGCUACGCCGAGGAUUACCGCCAGGACAUCGCCGUGGGCCAGAUGCACCAGCACAAGGACACGUGCUUCAAGUACGUUGUCGAGAAGUCCAUGCGCUUCGCGCGGCACUGCCGCUUCAACUUCUGCCACUUCGUCAAGCUCUGGCUCCGCGUCGGCGACGGCGGGGACUCCUCGGCGCAGCAGAAGCGCCCCAAGAAGCUGGUGACCUUGGCGCGGACCGGCAAAGACCUCGUGCUGCCGCGGGGGCCAGGGGAACCGGAGCCGGAUAUGUUCCCCCUGGACGAGGACGGCGCGCCCGUGCCCCUGCGCCCCGGGCGCAAACUCGGCCCGGUCGUCAACCUCGAUCCCGACCAUGGGAAGCAGGGUCUGGUCAUGCCCAUUCGCUGGAACCCGAUGGAAGGCAGCUCCAACGGCGUGGCCCAGACGGCGCUGAACUCCAACGUGGACUUCCAGAGUAUGAUGCGCACUUUCAUUGACGGAUUUGAUGUCCAGAUGCGGGACGGGCUGCGCGACCCGCCCCUCUCGGCGGACGACGAGGCCUCGCUCCAGGCGGAGGAGGACGAGAAGUUCGAGGCAAGCUUCGCCGCGAACAUGGAGAAGCUUGCGGCCGCCCGCAAGAGGGCCAACAAACCAGAGCUGGAAUAUGAGGAGGCGGAGAUGAGGCUCCGGCAACAGCGAGCCGCUCGCAGGGCGGCGUAUCUGAGGUUGGGCCCGGCCGAGCGCUUCAGGCGCAGUAUCAAAGCAAUGACCGUCACCAUUAUGAAGCAGUCCGUUCAGGCCAUGUUCUACGCUUGCGACUACUCCACGAAGCCGAACAUGACCUGCGCGCCGCUCCUGGUCGCGGUUCGCGACGGCAUUCGGCGCCUGGAGGAGCGGCUCCGCACCGAGGUCCAGGACGAGGCUCGGCGGCGCUUGAUCCGACAGGCCACCGCUGCCAACCAGGCCAUCGUGAAGGGGAACUGCCUCAUGGUCAUGCAGAUGCUCACCCGACGCGAGGUGCUGCGCUCCCACUCCACCUGGCAGUUGAUGAUGAAGAACGCCAUGUGGCUGGCCUUCGAGAGCCGACGACUUCGGCAGGGGUUCGACGAGCGCGAGCAGCUGCACGAGGCCACGGUGCUCCUCGACGCCGCGGAAGUGGACAGCCAGGCCACUGACCCGGACGAUUGUGACAGCGAGCCCGAGGAGCGCGACGAGAGCGCCGACGGCGACGCCGCCGACGAGGCUUCAGACACCCCAGAGGCACCGCGCAAUCAUGCGUCGCCGCUGGGCACACGCGGCGAGAGUCCGGCUGGGCCGCGGAGGCGCCGCGCAGCGAUUGCACCCGCAGGGUCAGCUGCGCGCCCGGCGCCGCCGCCGGCCAGCGUCGCCGCCGAGCUCGGUUCUGCUGCCUCCACGCAGGUCGCGGCCGCGGGCGGCGCGCCCACAGACGAUGCCUUCGCGGCGCGCGGGGAGCGCGGCGCCUCCUUGGCCGAGGAGGCCACGGACGAGCCGCAGCAGAGAAACGCGGGGGUCCGCCUGAAGAGCAACAGCUACUACGACGACUACUUGCACCGCGGCUCCGCCGAGUUCGGCGCGUCGGGUCGAGCGGCGAAGACUCCCCUGGCCUCCAUGUCGUAUUACGACUACGGCAUGUGGGUGCGCGUCGUGCCCGGGGACCCGAACGCCCUGGCGCCAGACGAGUACGCUUUCGCCGGCCACUACGGGAAGCAUGCCGACUACGUCCAGCAGCUGCGGGCCGCGCCGGCCGCGCCGUACAUCUCCGGCUUCACGAUGCCGACCGAAGAGAAGGACCCGGAGACGAACGCCUGUUUCAAGCAGGUGUUGUUGAGGCCGCAUGCGUGCCCGGGGCCGGACAGCUGUCGCCAGGUGCACUUCGCCCAGCACUUCUGCUGCGCGUCCCGCAGCAGGGAGGGGGGGCGGGCCAGGGGUCGCGCCCCUCUCUCCUUCCUGGGACCUUGGCGCGCGCAUCGCGCCGAGCAGCUCGUCCUGGCGAAGCGGGCCGACCAGGCCCUGCAGCGCUCGCGGCAAUGCCCCGUGCUGCACGACACAACCGCCAUCCGUUACUGGCAUCUCCCCGGCACCGCGCGCGGGGGCCCGGUCCACGAGAGUUUCCUGCCGUUGCUCUGCGGCGGCCGCCAUGCGACGGACCCUGGUUUGGACGGCACGUGGUGCCGCCGCCGCGAGAUCCCGACCCCCGUCGCAGGCGCCGAUCUGCAGCGGCCGUCGCGCGGAGCGGUGUGCUGGCGCAUGGCCCUCCCGGUGGACCUCGCCUGGGCCGUGCUGCGCUUCGCGGGCGACGUCCGCGGCGACGACGGGCGGCGCCUGGGGGUCGCCGGCUCGGAGGAGGAGCGCGCUCGGCUCGACGAGCGGGCGGCCCGCGAGGGCGAGUCGAUCGCCUGCGCCUGUCCUGGAGUUCACGACGACCAGCUGACCCCCGAGAUGUUCUUCGCCGUUCGGCACGUGGAGGUGGCCGCCCGCCUGGAGUACAUGGCCGAGGCCCGCGGGCUGCCGAAGCCGGCAAGGGGGCCCAGCGACGCGGUGGCGGAGGAGGAGCUCGGCGGAGAUCGCUCCGACGAUGACGGGGCCUUCGGCCUGGACGAGGCUCUGCCAGGUGAAGAUUCCUCCGCGGAGGAGCGCCAGGAAGUGGCAGACGCGCGAGAGGACAGGGAGGGCAUGAGACCUCGCUGGAGGCUGGCAGAGGAAGAGUUCGACGACGUCGUGCACCGGACGGCGGCGGCCCAGGCGGCUAAGAGCAGUCGCGUGGGAGCGCACAAGAAAGCCUUGAUGGAAACGUUCUUGCAGUUGCAACGCCGCGCUUACGCCUGCGUUCGGCAGCCCUGCGCCGUGCCCGAGCGCGCCCCUCGGCUGGCGGCGAUGACUCCUGCUGACGUGCAGACCGCCAAAAAGAACCAGGACGCGAUCCGCGAACAGAGGGCCGCCCAGGACGACAAUCUGGAGGCCGCGGGCGCCGAUCUGCCCGUCGCCGCGGCGGCCUUCUCCGACGCGCCCGCGCCGUCGAGGCGCCUCGGCCCGGAGGACGUGCCGAUCUCCCCGCUGCAGGCGGCGCUGACCCUCAUCGCCGAGUCUGGGGUCUGGAAGAGCAAGGAGCAGUACCUGGUGACGCUCUUCCUCCUUCAACCGAUACAACAACUGUGGCAGAAGGCCCUCGAGACGGACGGCUUGGACAGCUUGUCCACGGCCGCGGGCCUCGCAGCGGCCUCGAGAGACGUGCAGGUCCGCCGCGUCUUCCUGCACGGCCCGGGGGGCUCGGGGAAGACGUAUUGCAUGACCGAGGUGGUCAACAAGGUGGUCGUGCGUUUCUUCGGGCACAGGGGCCUGAAGCUCGUGGCCGCGGCCAACAGCGCCGCCCGCAUCCUCGGCGGCAAGACCAUGCACGCGGCGGCGAAGCUGACGCGGAAGCAGUCUCUCGCGGCGAGUAAAUUGAAACCCAACACCAGGGCGAAGAAGAAGUUGGAGGCCGAGUGGGAGUACCUUGUGCUCCUCCUCGCCGACGAGAUCGGCCUGGCGUCCCCCCCGCUCCUUGCGGGCCUGAGUCGCCGCGCGACUUUCGGCCGCAAGGACUUGCUGCGGCUGUGCGUGGCGAGGGCCAUCGAAGAGCCCUUCGGCCAGGUCCCCGCGCAGGCCAUCAUGGGCGACUUCAUGCAGAUCAACCCGGUCUGCAGCCACACGCUGCUGGAAGCCCUGCUGGCCCGCGCGCGCGUCCCCGGCGUGCCGCGGAAGAUCACGGACGAGGACGAAGACGGCUGGAAGGUCUUCAGGAAGAUGGCCUCCGACGUGGUCGUCUUCACUGGCACGCACCGCUUUCUCGACGAGGACCUACCGCUGCUCUUCGAGGUCAUGCGCACUCCGGGCGGGGCGAGAGUGCCUGACGACUUGCGCGCGAAGAUCAGAGAUCGCGUCCAGCGGGGCCCCGACGACCCGAGGAUGUCCAUGGACUACGAACUGGAGGGCGUUCGGGGCUUCUUCGCCCUCGGCGCUCGCGCGGCGAUCCAGUGGGAGCAGGUCGCGCGCCUGCAGCAGCUCCACGUGCUCGCCUCCGCGAGGGUCUGCCCUGGCCCCAGGGCCUUGCUCAACGGGGAGGACGGCCGGCCGGAUCUUCGUCGCCACGGCUUCAGCGCGGCGCAUUCGGGGGCGCGCGGGCAGCUCGUCUAUUAUUUCCAGGCCGUGGACCGCUUCAAGCACCACCAGGACCGAGACAUGUACCUCGAGGCGCUGAAGUUCAUGAACCUCUCCAAGAGCAACGGCCUGCCGGGCAUGUGCGCGGCCUACUUGGGCAUGCGAGGGCGGCUCACGAAGAAGGUCAUGGGGCCGGAGCUGGUGCAGGAGGCCACGGGCGAGGUCGUGGGCAUCCGCUUUCACCCGCGGGAGCGAUUCGGCUUCGGGGAGAAUCUCGGCGGCGAUCUCGACCAGGUGGACUACACUGGCCUGGGCAAGCGGGGCGUGUUCCAUCUGGAGCCUGUGCAGGACGAGUGGGAGUUGCCCGUCGCGCGCGUGCAGACGGUGAAUCACCCGGGCGCGCCUCGGGCCAAGCAGUUCGUCGUCAAGAGCAAGCAGAAGAAGGGGCUGCAGGUCGCGCGCACGCAGCUCAGUUGGGCGCCCGAGGACCAGCUCACUUUCCAGAGCAUCCAGGGCCGCACUAUCCGCGGGCCCGAGGGCCAGCCCAAAGGUUUCGUCGUCGACCUCUUUCGGCCUGGCACGAUGCAGGGCGAGGAUCGCCGGGGGGAGUACUUCCAGCACGUCUGGAUGAUCCUUGGAAGAGCCAGGAAGCUGGAGUGGAUGCUGCUGCAGAACUUCCCGCUCGACGAGAGCACCGGCGAUCUGGACUGGUCGAUCCUCGAGCAAGGGCCGCCGGACUACCUCAUCGAGUUCUUGGGCGCGGCUGCGACGCUCAGCAGGAGGACUUCGCGCAGGAUGCUGCGCGCGCAGAAGGAGCUGGGGGCGCCGGCCUGGGAGGACGUGCCGGAGUGCCCGCUGGACCCCGACCGCCAGGGCAGAUUCUUGUAUAUCGCCGAGGACUGGAUCAGGGCGGGCGCCGCCUGCGCCCGGCCCGUCGCAAGCGCCUCGGCCGAGGCGAGGCCCGACGCGGCCCCGCGGAGGAGACUCCGGGGCAAGAGGCCGCGCGAGGAACUGCGCUCGAAGACGGACCGGCCGACCGCGCCGCCCGACGAGCCCGGGGGCGCUCCGCCGCGGCGGAAGCGGUCGCGCGGCGAGGGCGCCGGGGACGAGGGCGAGCGGGCCUGCGCGCCUCCUGGCGCGGCGCCGGCCUCUUCGACGCAGUCGACCCUGCCGUCGGCGCCCUCGGCCAGCGCCGGCGGCUGGCACUGUUCCUUGCUCGGCCGCGCCAUCGGCCGACGAAGGCGCGCGCCCGCGUGGUUCAACAAUCCUCUCAUGGGCGAGGUCGACCCCGCGUCCGGCACCCAGCUGGGCCUCACGUGCGGUUUCUUCGCGGUGAACCAUUGCCUGGGCCACGCGGGCAUGCCGCAGCUGUCGGCCGAGGAGUUCCGGCAGGGCGCGAGAGACGGACUCUACCCCGAGGGGGAUUUCGACGACGGGGGGUUGCGUCAGAACCUCGCAGAGCGCGGGUGCCAUUUCGAUUUGUUGCAGGGCGCGGACCACCAGGACGCCAUCCUCGCCGUGGGGGACUCCGACAGCUGUCUGGCUGUCUUCAACGGCAACCACGCCUUGGGUGUCAUCCUGCACCAGCCAUGCCCUCGACAUUGGAUCGCGCUCGUUCGACCUCCAGAGGCCGUUCGAGACGGCGACGCCGCCUGGCUUUGCGACUCCUUGCACUCGGCGGUCUUCGCCCUUGAAGCCAGCGAGGUGCAGGACCUCCUCGGCCACGUGGGCUCGGCGCAGAUGGGCGCCGCGGACAGGGCCGGGAGCGAGCUCGACCGGAUGAGGGAGAUCUCCGACUGGUGUGCCUACAGA